GUACACCGACAAAUUUAAGUUGAACAAACAAUUAUUUAAUUAUAGUCAAAUGGGUUUUUUUUUUUUAAUUUAUAUAUAUAAUUUGAGAUUUAUUGUUGCUUUUUGAAAGGAGUGUAGUCUUUAUUGAGAGGUAUAGUUUAUUUUAUUUUAUAUACUCUCCAAAACAUGUGUAUAUAAAUGAGUAGCCAAAACUAAAUAUAACCUUGAUCAAGUAAAAUGGAGUUUAGAGCAAGAUUGUUGUUCACUAGCUUUUUACUUACAUGGGUUUUGAGUGUGGGAGGUAAAGAAAUGAGAGAUGAAUUGGGGUGUAAGUUUCCUGCAAUUUACAACUUUGGGGAUUCUAAUUCAGAUACUGGUGGUAUAGCAGCUGCCUUUUACCAAAUGGCUCCUCAAUGUGGAGAAACUUUCUUCCAUAGACCAUCUGGAAGAGGCUGUGAUGGUCGUUUAAUCAUUGAUUUUAUUGCAAAACAACUUGGAUUGCCUUACUUGAGUGCAUACUUGAACUCAAUUGGUGCAAAUUUCAAGCAUGGUGCUAACUUUGCCACAGGAGGAGCAACCAUUAGGCGUCAAAAUGAGUCUGUUUUCCUCAAUGGGGUCAGCCCUUUUCCACUUGAUAUCCAAGUUGUGCAGUUUAGCCAGUUCAAGUCCCGGACCGGUUGGUUUUUCAAAAAAGACAAGAAAGCCUCACACAGAAGAAAUCUCCCAAGAGCAGAGGACUUCUCAAAGGCUCUUUACACAUUUGAUAUUGGCCAAAAUGAUAUUGCUGCUGGGUUCAGGUCAAUGACUAUUGAACAGUUCAAAAAACAAAUACCUGAUAUAAUCAACCAGUUUGCUGAAGCAGUCAAAAAUCUAUACCAAGAAGGGGCCAGGUCAUUCUGGAUACACAACACAGGUCCCCUUGGCUGCUUGGCAGUGACCCUUAAUUACAGCCCUAGUCCAGACCCUAACACCUAUGAUCCCAUUGGUUGUGACAAGGCUCAAAACGACAUGUCAAAAGAGUUCAACAGACAACUCAAGAAGAAAGUCACUAAGUUAAGGGAAAAACUCCCUGAUGCUGCAUUAACAUAUGUUGAUCUAUUCUCUGCCAAGUAUAAACUCAUAGCUAAUGCAGAGAAGUUAGGGUUCUUAGACAAGGCCUCAAUCUGCUGUGGAUAUCAUAAAGAUAAAGAUCAAGUGUGGUGUGGGAAUAAGGGAAAAUAUAAUGGUAGUGAAGUUUAUGCUGAUUCUUGUGAAGACCCUUCUUUGAAUAUAAGCUGGGAUGGUGUACACUAUACUGAGGCUGCAAAUUAUUGGAUUGCUAAUCAUAUCUUAAAUGGCUCAUUCUCUGAUCCUCAGGUUCCAAUCACACAUGCUUGUUACAAGCAUUGACUGACCUCUAAUUCAUGAACAUGAUCAUCAUCUAUGUAUGAUGUUUAUAAAGCUUUACACACCAAAAUCAUAGCAAUAAACGAAAUUUUUUAACAUGCCUAGAAAGAAAGUGUUAAAUGGCUGCUUUUGGUUUUGAGAGGAAAGUUUUAGUUUUGUUUAGUGUAAAUUGAUAAGCAUUAUUACCCUAUUGUUGUUUUCCUCGGUUUUCUUAGCUGCCAAACAAGGAAAAUGUGUACUAAUCUCUCCAAGCAAACCUCACUAAAAGUGUUGCACUCUUUAUCUUUAAACCCAUUUGUGCUAAUUUUAGUAAACUAUAGUAUAUAUACAAUGAAUAUGAUACA